AUGGGCAACAAUGCCUCCCGCGAGCAGCAGGCCUCCUCCCGGGCCAACAGCACGAGCGCCCCGCAAUCACCCGCCCACCACGGCUCUUCCGCCGACCACCGCAGUUCCAGCACCAGCACCAGCAGCGGCAUCCCACGCCGGGACACUCGCGGCCGAGACAGCGUGCAGGCGCUCUCGACAGCCAAAGCAACCGCGGCUCCAGCGACGGCUAGCCUGGCUAGCGCAACCGCGAACCUACAUUCCGCCGCACCGCGCCCACAACCACCGCGCCGCACGUCUUCGCACCAACAUUCGCACUCCCAGCCCGUCUCGCACGCACAUGUCCGCAGCCAGACUGCUGGCGCACCCACGCUUCCCCCGCUACUGAGACCGACGAGCGCGCAAGGCGCCGGCGCGAGGGCGAGCCCGACGCUCGAGAAGAUGGGGAAUAGCUCCAGCAAGCACCCGGACAAGGAGCGGGAGCGAGAGCGAGAGCUUAUCUCACGGGAACCAGUCUCACGGGAGCCAACGCCGCAGCCAUCGACGCAGCAAGUGACGCCACCCUCGCCCGUCACGCUUCCCGCCGACGUGUCUGGCGGGCCUGCGGCAGCAGACCUCUCUCGCGAGAAGGACGUCAGUCCCAUCGACCCCAGCGCCCCAGGCGUGCAGGAGCAGUACCACCUCCCGCCAUCCCAGUUCUCGCGCCCGCCGCGGCUGCCCCUGCCCAUCGACGAGGAGUCGCAUACGCCUGGCUCGCCCAUCAUUAGCCCGGCCGAUAUCACUUCGGCGAUUGACCCGCUCGAGGUGAAUGGAGCGCUGCCGCGGCGGACGAGCGUGCUGAGUAGCACGACUGUGGACGAAGACGAGGAUGUUGGGGAUGAGAUCUAUCCCCAUGGAGGAGUGGGCCCGGCCGUGCCGACGGUAGUGGAGUGGAGGGGGCCGGGGAAGACGGUGUAUGUCACGGGGACGUUUGUGAACUGGGAGAGGAAGUACAAGUUGCUCAAGGACGGCCCCAGCAAGCACAAAGAUGCCCUCUCCACAACCCUCAACCUCCAGCCCGGAACACACCACCUCAAGUUCCUCGUCGACGGCGAGAUGAUGCUCUCCAACGAGCUCCCCACAACGGUCGACUACACCAACGUCCUGAUGAACUACCUCGAAGUUGCGCCCGAGCCUCCAGCCGCCAAGCCCUCCGAGCCCGUCCCCAUCCCCAGCCGCCACGAGUCGUCCGAGGCAGAAGCCCGAUCCUCAUCCACCGUCGUACCCCCCGGCGUCUUCCCACCCCAAGUCCUCCCCCCAACCCCCGAGAUCCGCCCCACGGAGCCCACCGCGCCACCAACCCCCAUCCGCUCCUCGGCCUCCGCAGCCUCGGGCGGCGCGCCUCUCGAGCCCACGAACCCGAAGCGCUACACGCAGACGAUGCCGGCCUUCCUGCUGGACUUGGAUGCGCCGGAGGACAGCCACCGGUUCCAGCGGGCAAGCGCCGUUCUGGCCAGCCUGCCGACGCCGCCGAGUCUGCCGAUGUUCCUGAACAAGAGCAUCCUGAAUGGGAAUACGCCGAUGAAGGAUGACAACAGCGUGUUGGUGAUGCCGAACCACACGGUGCUGAAUCAUUUGGCGACGAGUAGUAUCAAGAGCAAUGUAUUGGCGACGAGUGCGACGACACGGUACAAGCGGAAGUUCCUCACGACGAUAAUGUAUAGACCGACGAACGAGGUGGGCGACUGA